UCCGUGCCAUCUGACCUCCUUUUCUGUUUUUCAUUGGCAGGUGCCUCGUCUGCAGACAUGGAACCCAGCUAUGGGGGCGGUCUCUUUGACAUGGUGAAAGGAGGUGCAGGAAGGCUCUUUAGUAAUCUAAAGGACAACUUGAAAGACACCCUGAAAGACACAUCUUCUAGAGUUAUACAAUCUGUUACCAGCUACACGAAGGGAGAUUUAGACUUUACUUAUGUUACUUCAAGAAUUAUUGUGAUGUCCUUUCCUCUGGACAGUGUUGACAUAGGAUUCAGGAAUCAGGUUGAUGACAUCCGAAGCUUCUUGGAUUCCAGACACCUUGACCACUACACAGUGUACAAUCUGUCACCCAAGUCUUAUCGAACUGCUAAGUUUCACAGCAGGGUCUCAGAAUGCAGUUGGCCUGUUAGGCAGGCGCCCAGUUUGCACAACCUCUUUGCUGUGUGUCGGAAUAUGUAUAACUGGCUACUGCAGAACCCCAAAAAUGUCUGUGUCGUACACUGCUUGGAUGGACGGGCAGCAUCGUCAAUUCUGGUUGGUGCUAUGUUCAUUUUCUGUAAUCUCUACUCUUCUCCUGGCCCAGCUAUUCGAUUGCUAUAUGUAAAGCGACCAGGAAUUGGACUUUCACCAUCCCACAGAAGAUAUCUGGGCUAUAUGUGUGACCUACUUGCAGACAAGCCCUACCGCCCUCAUUUCAAGCCGCUCACAAUUAAGUCGAUCACUGUCAGUCCAAUCCCUUUUUUUAACAAACAGAGAAAUGGAUGUCGCCCUUACUGUGAUGUAUUGAUUGGAGAAACCAAAAUAUAUACCACCUGCACAGAUUUUGAACGAAUGAAAGAAUAUCGUGUCCAAGAUGGAAAAAUCUUCAUUCCUUUAAACAUCACUGUGCAAGGAGACGUGAUUGUUUCCAUGUAUCACUUGAGGUCAACCAUCGGGAGCCGGCUGCAGGCUAAGGUCACCAACACACAGAUAUUCCAGCUUCAGUUUCAUACUGGAUUCAUACCACUGGACACAACAGUUUUAAAGUUCACUAAACCUGAGUUGGAUGCAUGUGAUGUACCAGAAAAAUAUCCUCAGCUAUUUCAGGUGACACUGGAUGUAGAAUUACAGCCCCACGACAAAGUCAUAGACUUAACCCCGCCCUGGGAGCAUUACUGCACAAAAGAUGUCAAUCCCAGCAUCCUCUUCUCUUCUCAUCAGGAGCACCAGGACACUUUGGCCUUAGGAGGACAGGCUCCAGUUGAUAUCCCUCCAGACAACCCCAGGCAUGUUGGGCAAGGUGGCUUCUUUUCCUCUCUCUGCUGGCAAGAUCAGAAAUCAGAGAAGUCGUUCUGUGAGGAGGACCACGCUGCCCUGGUGAAUCAGGAAAGUGAGCAGUCGGACGAUGAACUUCUGAGUCUUUCUAGUCCACACGGCAAUGCCAGUGGUGACAAACAUCAUGGAGCCAAGAAGCCCAGCAAAAAGCAGCAGGAACCAGCUGCGCCCCCACCCCCCGAGGACGUGGACCUUCUGGGCCUAGAAGGGUCUGCCGUGAGUGAAACCUUCUCUCCGCCAGCGGCCCCUCCCACCAAUUCUGAACUGCUGAGUGACCUGUUUGGGGGCGGAGGCAUGUCUGGCCCAGCCCAGGCUGCACAGUCAGGGGUGGAUGACGUCUUUCAUCCUAGUGGACCUACAUCCACCCAGACGACACCACGCCGUUCUGCCACCUCCACCUCCGCAUCGCCAACUCUAAGAGUGGGAGAAGGUCCUACUUUUGAUCCGUUUGGAGCACCUUCAAAACCAUCAGGUCAAGAUUUGCUAGGUUCUUUUCUGAACACAUCCAGUGCAUCCAGUGACCCCUUCCUUCAGCCUACACGAAGUCCUUCACCUACAGUUCAUGCUUCUAGUACACCUGCUGUGAACAUUCAACCAGAUGUUUCAGGAGGCUGGGACUGGCAUGCUAAAGCAGGAGGUUUUGGAAUGGGAAGCAAGUCAGCUGCCACCAGCCCAACAGGAUCUUCUCAUGGCACUCCCACCCAUCAAAAUAAACCCCAGACUCUGGAUCCUUUUGCCGACCUUGGGGCACUUGGUAGUUCUUCAUUUGCCAGUAAACCCACCACACCAACUGGAUUGGGUGGAGGAUUUCCGCCUCUUAGCUCACCACAGAAGGCAUCUCCCCAGCCUAUGGGUGCAGGGUGGCAGCAGGGUGGUGGCUAUAGCUGGCAGCAGUCACAGUCCAAGCCACAGCCCAGCAUGCCCCACUCAUCACCACAGAACCGACCCAACUACAAUGUGAGCUUCUCGGCCAUGCCUGGGGGCCAGAAUGAACGUGGGAAAGGAGCAACUAAUUUGGAAGGGAAACAAAAAGCAGCUGACUUUGAAGACCUGCUCUCUGGUCAAGGCUUUAAUGCACACAAAGACAAAAAGGGGCCUCGAACAAUAGCUGAGAUGAGAAAGGAGGAAAUGGCUAAGGAAAUGGAUCCUGAGAAAUUAAAGAUUCUGGAAUGGAUUGAAGGCAAAGAAAGAAACAUCAGAGCACUUCUCUCUACAAUGCACACCGUGCUGUGGGCUGGGGAGACCAAGUGGAAGCCAGUUGGCAUGGCAGACCUGGUAACGCCAGAGCAGGUGAAGAAGGUGUACAGGAAGGCUGUCCUGGUGGUACACCCGGAUAAAGCUACUGGGCAACCCUACGAACAAUAUGCAAAGAUGAUUUUCAUGGAACUGAAUGACGCCUGGUCUGAAUUCGAAAAUCAAGGCCAAAAGCCCUUGUAUUAAUUAUUGAGCUUUCCCAUCUCUGCUGCAGACCUGUGCUAAUGCUUAGUGUGUGUCACAAUUGAGGUGUUCGCCAUGAACCAAAAAUUCCAGUAACACAUUUCCCAUACUAAACUGUUAAAUUAUUCGUGAAUUAAUUCCUUGUUGGUAAGGAAUGUGGAUGUUUGGUUGCUCGAAGCCCCCAGCAUAAAAUGUCCAGAGCAUGAGAGGAACUUUUAGUGAGAUGACCUUGAAGAGUUAUAGCAUUCCAGCCUGCCCUCUGGGGAGCCUACUCAGCAUUUUGCCGGAGAGAAAUGGAAAUAGAGGACACAAAAGGCAUAAGAGCCAUCUCAUUGAGGAUAAGAUUAAACAAAGGAAGUUAAGAUAAUAGAAUUACAUGAUGCUUUUAAAUAAUGGUUUUUAGAUUUUCUUGAAAAGAUGUAAUUUGAGCAAUGGCUACAGAGACUUGAGGAACACAACCAGCAGGUUUUUCUGUUUUGUUUGUUUGUUUGUUUUUAAUGGAAAUUUACUACGGCCUUUAGUAUACUGUACACUUCUUUUGGUCAAGAGGACUAACAAAUGUAAAAGAACCGGAAUUGUGGGAAGUGAUUAUACAACAAUCCAUUGAUUACCAUUGUCUGUUCCUGGGUAAAUGAAAAAUUAGUGAAAACAUUCGCUAAAGAAAAUAGGAACUCUUCAAAUGUCAAAAUAUUUAUUCCUUGUCAAAGGGUUGGGCUACUACCUUCCAUUCCCUUCAGAAGACUGUGGUUGAUUAAAGAAAAAAAAAGUCUUAAUAGCAUAACAACUCUAAACUCAACUUGAAAGAAACUUCUAAUUUUGCCGUCAGGCUUGAUGCUCUUCUUUUGCUUAGCCAACAAUGUUCUUAGCUGGAAACAGGUUGGGAAGCAGUUUGGCCCAUUCACAAUUUAUCAGGACUGAUGUCCAAUAUGGACUCAGUAUUCUCAUGGCUUGUGAGUGGUUACGGUAAGAGAAUCGAAGAAGACAACGCCGAACACCUGGCCUGAGAAAUGCGCAGUUGCGUGAGAGCUGUGCUCACCUUCAGACCAGCUCAGAUGUCUUGUCAGUAUUUUGCUUUGAGGAACCAGGUUCCAUACCCAACUCCACCUGGUGAAUCUGGACCACUUGGAUUAAUAAGCAGGGUUUAUUAUUUUAAAAGUAGUUGGAGGUUCAAAGGAACAACAUUCACACAGGGACAUCUGUGAGAGCAAAGCAAGAAUGAAACCCUUCCAGACCUUAGACCGGCUGGAUUUCAGUGUUUUGGCUGUUUGUCAUUCUGAGUGCUAAGCAGUUUGUAUCCUGUGACCCUAGUGUGUCAGUUUUGGGGUUCACAUACAUAGUGUGCAUAUUAUACAUAUGCAAAGCAAAUGGGCAAAAAGAUUUCCAUGCUAAUCUUAAAGGUUUAUACUCAAUAUUGUGAAAAGCUUUCCAAAGUUGUUUUUAAACGACAAUCAUUUUUUGUUUCUAUUCUAAUUUUCUUGUGGCAAACUGUACCAGAAAAGCAGCAUGUCAAAAAUUAUUUAUGUUCUACAUAGAACUCUU